AUGUCAGCUUUGGAGGAGUCAGAAGUGAAGAUGGAUUCCCAAGACUGGAAAGAAGAUGAUUCUCAGUGCCGCUCAGAAGGUUCAAAGUUGAAAGCCAAAGAGCCAGAAAAAUACAGCAUUCAUGAUGGUGAUCACAAAGUGUUUGUCCUUGAUGAGGGGACCCUAAAAGCCAUCCCAAUGAAAAGCUACAUACUUCCAGAGAUCUUCUUUGUACUAGCCUCCCGCUUGGAAUCAGCCACUGUGGAGAAAGGAAACCCGAUUUUCUUGGCUGUCUCUAAAGGGGAGUUCUGUCUCUACUGUAACAAGGACAAAGGCAAACGUAAGCCAUCCCUUCAGCUAAAGAAGAAGCAACUUAAGAGCCUAGCUGGCCAGAAGGAGCUAGCACAGAAACCCUUCAUCUUUUACCAGGCUAAGGCGGGAUCCUUGUAUACUUUGGAAUCGGCUGCCAAUCCGGGAUGGUUUGUCUGUACUUCCUGCAAUUCUGGUGAACCUGUUGGAGUGACAAACAAAGUUGGAAAAAAAGAACACACUGAGUUUUUGUUUAAGAAGGUUUGCAAACCUGAGAUGAGUGAAUGA